AUGGCAGCAGCUGCAGCAGGAGGAGAAGCAGCAGCAGCAGCAGCAGGGGUGACAGCAGCAGCUAAGCAGCAGCAGCAGCAGCAGCAGCAGCAGCAGCAGCAGCAGGAACUGCAGCAGGAUGAGGAGGAAUGGCAGCAGCUGCAGCAGGAGCAGAAACAGCAGCAGAAGCAGCAGCAGCAGCAGCAGCAGGGGUGA